AUGAGCGCCUGCAGCGUUCACCUCAAGUGGCAACAUGCCUUGGCGCUGCGCGAGGUCAUGCGCCGACGCCAGCUGCAGGAAGACCAGGUGACCUGGAAUGCCUGCAUCACGGCGUGCAGCCAAGGGCAGAGUGCGCAGAACGCCUUGCAGAUCUUCGAGGAGUUGGAAGCGGAAAAGACCACUUUAAGCACCGCCGUGGUGAAUGCGGCGCUGGCCGCGUGCGUUACGACGGCGGCCUGGGAGUUGGCGCUGCAGCUGUUCCAGCGACUGCAACGGGGAUGGGAUCUCCAGGGCGCAGCCUUUGCAGAUACCGUUUCCUUCAACACCACUGUGGCUGCGUGCGCUGCUGCUCAGGCUUGGGAGAUGGCACUCUCCCUUGCCAACGACCACGGCGACCCUUUGGACGAGAUCUCUUUGGGUGCAGCCCUUGCUGCCCUGCGCGACCGAUGGAAGGAGCGCUUCCGACUCGCCGGCGACGCGAUGUACUUGGUGCGUGAAUUUCAAGCGCAGUCGACGAUCUUUGGGAAGAUGUCGGUGGUCAUCUAUGGUUUUAUCAUCAUCUUUGGUGGCUUCACCACCAUCUUGGGGAUGGUGGCACCGAUUCUUUCGGCUGAUUGCAUGGCAGCACCCUUUCUUUCAAACAACAGUGAGCGAGAAGCAGAUCAACUGAUUUGGUUUAAAGCCAUGGGCCGUAUGUGCGGAGCUCUGGGCACCAUCUUUCUCUUGGCAGUUUACAUGCUGGGACAUUCGCUGAAAUCCUUGCUGCUCUUGCUCUUGUGGGGAUGGCUGAAUUUCAUGAACUUUGCUUUCGUGAUCCCGGCGGACCUUCGUGCGGAUGGUGGAUCCAAGGAGACCGAGACCUGCAUGCGGAACGUGAGGGUGCAGGUGGGAGGCUUUGCGGUUUUAGAGGCCGUGGCAGUGCUCUUCGCUUGGUUGGAAGAGAGGUCCAAACCUGGUGAUUCCAGAAUGGAGCCCCUCAACGCCUAG